GGCGGCGGCGCGGCGCUUGAAGGGGCCGCGUCGGGCGGAGCAGGGCGCCGCCAACAUGUCGGAUACGAAGGUAAAAGUUGCCGUCCGGGUCCGGCCCAUGAACCGAAGAGAGCUGGAACUGAACACCAAGUGCGUGGUGGAGAUGGAAGGGAACCAGACGGUCCUGCACCCUCCUCCUUCCAACACCAAGCAGGGAGAAAGAAAACCUCCCAAGGUGUUUGCCUUUGAUUAUUGCUUUUGGUCCAUGGAUGAGUCAAACACAACAAAAUACGCUGGUCAAGAAGUCGUUUUCAAGUGCCUCGGGGAAGGAAUUCUUGAGAAAGCCUUUCAGGGAUACAAUGCUUGUAUUUUUGCAUAUGGCCAGACAGGCUCUGGAAAGUCCUUCUCUAUGAUGGGCCAUGCUGAGCAGCUGGGCCUUAUCCCAAGGCUCUGCUGUGCUCUGUUUAAAAGGAUCUCCCUGGAGCAAAAUGAGUCACAGACCUUUAAAGUCGAAGUAUCAUAUAUGGAAAUUUAUAAUGAGAAAGUCCGGGACCUCUUGGACCCCAAAGGGAGCAGGCAGUCUCUUAAAGUCCGAGAACACAAGGUCUUGGGGCCAUAUGUAGAUGGUCUGUCACAGCUGGCUGUCACCAGCUUUGAGGACAUCGAGUCAUUGAUGUCUGAGGGAAAUAAGUCACGGACGGUCGCUGCAACCAACAUGAAUGAAGAGAGCAGCCGCUCCCAUGCUGUGUUCAACAUCAUCAUCACGCAGACGCUGUACGACCUGCAGUCUGGGAACUCGGGCGAGAAAGUCAGCAAGGUGAGCCUGGUAGACCUGGCGGGGAGCGAGAGAGUCUCGAAGACAGGAGCAGCGGGCGAGCGGCUGAAAGAAGGCAGCAACAUUAACAAAUCGCUUACAACGCUGGGGUUGGUUAUAUCGUCACUCGCUGACCAGGCUGCUGGAAAAGGCAAAAACAAAUUUGUGCCUUACCGAGAUUCGGUCCUCACCUGGCUUCUUAAGGACAAUUUAGGAGGGAACAGCCAGACCUCUAUGAUCGCCACCAUCAGCCCAGCCGCAGACAACUACGAGGAGACACUGUCCACACUGAGAUAUGCAGAUCGAGCCAAGAGGAUCGUGAACCACGCUGUAGUGAAUGAGGACCCCAAUGCCAAAGUCAUCCGAGAGCUGCGAGAGGAGGUGGAGAAGCUGAAAGAGCAGCUCUCGCAGGCUGAGGCCAUGAAGGCCCCUGAGCUGAAGGAGAAGCUUGAAGAGUCUGAAAAGCUGAUAAAGGAGCUAACAGUGACAUGGGAAGAGAAGCUGAGGAAGACGGAAGAGAUCGCACAGGAGAGACAGCGGCAGCUGGAGAGCAUGGGGAUCUCCCUGGAGACCUCCGGGAUCAAGGUGGGGGAUGACAAGUGCUACCUCGUCAACCUGAACGCAGACCCCGCCCUCAACGAGCUUCUGGUUUACUAUUUAAAGGAUCACACCCGGGUGGGUGCAGAUACCUCUCAGGACAUCCAGCUCUUUGGAAUAGGGAUUCAGCCCGAGCACUGUGAGAUCGACAUUGCCACAGAUGGAGACAUCACUCUCACGCCAAAAGACAACGCGAGGUCCUGUGUAAAUGGUACCCUGGUCUGCAGCACUACCCAGCUAUGGCAUGGCGACAGAAUCUUAUGGGGAAAUAACCACUUCUUUAGAAUUAAUUUACCUAAGAGGAAACGGCGGGAUUGGUUGAAAGACUUUGAAAAAGAAGCGGGUCCCGCAGAGCAUGACCUGGAUGCUGCGAGCGAGGCUUCCUCGGAACCAGACUAUAACUAUGAGUUUGCGCAGAUGGAGGUCAUCAUGAAAACCCUGAACAGCAAUGAUCCAGUUCAAAAUGUGGUUCAGGUCCUGGAGAAGCAAUACCUGGAAGAGAAGAGGACCGCCCUGGAGGAGCAGCGGCUCAUGUAUGAGCGUGAACUGGAGCAGCUUCGCCAACAGCUCUCCCCAGAGAGGCAGCCUCCGAGCAGCGCCACCGACCGCCUGGUUUACAGCAGCCAGACAGCCCAGCAGAAGGUGACCCAGUGGGCUGAGGAGAGGGAUGAACUCUUCAGGCAAAGCCUGGCCAAGCUUCGAGAGCAGCUAGUGAAAGCAAACACUCUGGUGAGGGAAGCCAACUUCCUAGCUGAGGAGAUGAGCAAGCUCACCGACUACCAAGUGACUCUUCAGAUCCCUGCGGCCAACCUCAGUGCCAACAGGAAGAGAGGGGCAAUAGUGAGCGAGCCAGCCAUUCAAGCCAGGAGAAAAGGAAAGAGCACCCAGGUUUGGACCAUCGAGAAGCUGGAGAAUAAAUUAAUUGAUAUGCGAGACCUUUACCAAGAAUGGAAAGAAAAUGUCCCUGAGGCCAAGAGGCUCUAUGGGAAGCGAGGUGACCCUUUCUACGAAGCUCAGGAGAAUCACAACCUCAUUGGUGUGGCUAAUGUGUUUUUGGAAUGUCUCUUCUGUGACGUGAAACUUCAAUAUGCAGUACCCAUCAUCAGCCAGCAGGGGGAGGUUGCCGGGCGUCUCCACGUGGAGGUCAUGCGUGUUACCGGGACCAUCCCAGAGCGAGUGUCGGAGGAUGACUCUUCGGAGAACUCUAGUGAAAGCGGAAGUCUUGAGGUCGUGGACAGCAGCGGAGAAGUCAUUCACCGAGUCAAGAAGCUGACGUGCCGGGUGAUAAUUAAAGAGGCAACUGGGCUACCUUUGAGCCUCUCCAAUUUCGUCUUCUGUCAGUACACGUUCUGGGACCAGUGUGAGUCUACAGUGGCUGCCCCAGUGGUGGAUCCAGACGUGCCUUCCCCGCAGUCCAAGGACGCCCAGUACACAGUGACCUUCUCUCACUGUAAGGACUACGUGGUGACUGUCACAGAGGAGUUCCUAGAGUUCAUUUCUGAUGGCGCACUCGCAAUUGAAGUGUGGGGCCACAGGUGUGCUGGGAAUGGAAGCUCCAUCUGGGAGGUCGAUUCACUCCAUGCGAAGACAAGAACAUUGCAUGACAGGUGGAACGAAGUAACUCGAAGAAUAGAAAUGUGGAUCUCCAUAUUGGAACUGAACGAGCUAGGGGAAUAUGCUGCCGUGGAGCUUCACCAGGCGAAAGACGUCAAUACCGGAGGCGUCUUUCAACUCAGGCAGGGUCACUCCCGCAGAGUGCAGGUCACAGUGAAACCUGUACAGCACUCGGGGACACUGCCACUCAUGGUUGAAGCCAUCCUGUCGGUAUCCAUCGGCUGCGUGACUGCACGGUCCACCAAGCUGCAGAGGGGGCUGGACAGUUACCAGAGAGAUGAGGAGGAUGGCGAUGAUAUGGAUAGUUAUCAGGAAGAAGACUUGAACUGUGUAAGAGAGAGAUGGUCAGAUGCACUCAUUAAACGACGGGAAUACUUAGACGAACAGAUUAAAAAAGUCAGCAAUAAAAAAGAGAAAACAGAAGACGACAUGGAGCGGGAAGCCAGGCUGGUGGAGCAGUGGGUGGGGCUGACGGAGGAGAGGAAUGCAGUGCUGGUGCCUGCCCCCGGCAGCGGGAUCCCCGGGGCACCUGCUGAUUGGGUCCCACCUCCUGGAAUGGAAACACACAUACCAGUCCUCUUUCUGGAUCUGAAUGCGGAUGACCUUAGUGCCAAUGAGCAGCUGGUGGGUCCCCAUGCAUCAGGUGUGAACUCCAUCUUGCCCAAGGAGCAUGGCAGUCAGUUCUUCUACCUGCCCAUCAUAAAGCACAGUGAUGACGAGGUUUCAGCCACAGCCUCCUGGGACUCCUCGGUACACGAUUCUGUUCACCUGAAUCGGGUCACACCACAGAAUGAAAGGAUCUACCUGAUUGUGAAGACCACAGUUCAGCUCAGCCACCCGGCAGCAAUGGAGUUAGUGUUACGGAAGCGGAUCGCGGCCAAUAUUUAUAACAAACAGAGUUUCACCCAGAGCCUGAAGAGAAGAAUAUCACUGAUAAAUAUAUUUUACUCUUGUGGAGUGACCUAUGAGAUAGUCUCCAAUAUACCAAAGGCAACUGAGGAGAUUGAGGACCGGGAAACACUGGCUCUCCUGGCAGCCCGGAGUGAGAACGAGGGCACUCUGGAUGGGGAGACGUAUAUCGAGAAGUACACGCGUGGCGUGCUGCAAGUGGAGAAUAUUCUGAGUCUGGAGCGGCUCCGGCAGGCUGUCACGGUCAAGGAGGCGCUCUCCACCAAAGCCCGGCACAUCCGGAGAAGCCUCAGUACGCCGAAUGUUCACAAUGUCUCCUCUAGCCGGCCAGAUCUCUCUGGCUUUGAUGAAGAUGAUAAGGGCUGGCCCGAGAACCAGUUAGACGUGUCUGACUACAGCUCCAGUUUCCAAGAUGUCGCUUGCUAUGGGACUUUACCCAGGGACUCGCCUCGCAGGAGCAAAGAAGGUUGUCCAUCCGAGAAUCCUCAUGCCUUAACAGUCAGCCCUUUUAAAGCAUUCUCUCCUCAGCCACCAAAGUUUUUCAAACCCCUAAUGCCUGUAAAAGAGGAGCAUAAGAAAAGGAUAGCCCUUGAAGCGAGACCUCUCCUAAGCCAAGAGAGCAUGUCUCCAUCUCAGGCACAUAACCCUGGCUGCAUUGUACCCCCAGGAAGCAAUGGCAGCAGCAUGACAGUAGAACACAAUAGCAAACCCGAGGAGAAGAUUAUUCUGAAGUUAAUCUACCUAGAGGAAUUGCAUUUACUUGGCGACUCCGAAGAGGAGGAAAAUGAGCUGGAAGCUAUUAACAGGAAGCUGAUGCACUCACAGCCUUAUGUGCCUGUGGAGUUUGCUGACUUCAGUGUUUACAACGCCAGCUUGGAGAACAGGGAGUGGUCUUCUAAAGCGGGCCUGACAGACUCGAGUGUCUCGGAGAAAGCAGUGUCUCGGAGCCCCACCACCAGCAGCCUCACCAGUGGCUACUUCUCCCACAGUGCCUCCAAUGCCACUCUGUCUGACAUGGCAGUCCCUUCCAGCGACAGCUCAGACCAGCUAGCCACCUCGACAAAGGAGGCUGAGUGUAGUGAACAGGCUGGACCAUCACUUGCGCCUGACUUCAGACCAGCUUCAAAUAAAGAGCCUGCGGAAGUAGAAAGAGGCUUGGGGAAGGAUCAGACAAUCACCGUGCCACCUGAGGAAAAUAGUGCCUUACCCGAGGGGAAUGCAUCACCCCAGAGCAUCCCUGUAAAAAAUUCCAGAAUGCCGUGCAGGACUGCUUCAUGUUCAGAACUGGAUGCUGGCCCCAGCAAAAAUGGCCAACUAGCCAGAGAAUUCUGCCCAGGAGAGGUGACUGUAGAACACACUACAAACAUAUUGGAGGACCAUUCCUUCACAGAGUUCAUGGGUGUGUCUGAUGGCAAAGAUUUUGAUGGUUUGACAGGUGGUUCUGUUGGAGAACCCUCUGGAAGGAGGGAUCUACCUAAUGAAACAGACCAUAAAAGCAUCCCAGAUGGACCCCCAGAUGCUGACCAGCUGCAUUCCAAGAUAGAGAAGGAGCAGGAAGCCUCGGCCCCUUGGUAAGAGACAGCCAUGCACCUGCAGGCCACAGCUCGGCAGCUUCACCGGUCCCACCCCGGGACAGUACACGCCCCAUCAUCUGACUGCUGUGACCCCGCUCGACCUCAGACCAGCAUGGGGGAGUCCUGCACUUCCCCUCCCCAUGGGAGAAGCAGCACUUUGUCCCACAGCGAAUCACAGCCUCUGCUCUUUCCAGAAAGGAAGAGAACGGAAAUCUUACCUGAGUGCAGUAUUUUCCUUCACACUUCCUCCAAGCCCCCACUGUGUAAAGACCUCCACAGACUACAACUUUAUUCUUGUACAUUUUUAAUCAGUUCUUACUGCAGGCUCUGGAGUCAAUGCUCCGAUUGUUUUUGUUUGUUUUUUUUAUAUAAAUAAUAUAUAUUAUGUAUGUGAAUUGUGUAUCUAUGGUAUGUCUGUUCAGAGACAUAUCUGCACAUUAAAAUGCAGAUAAAAGUGAUUUGUCGAAAAUCACAAGGUACUGGACUUUGUUACAAAGCGACCUGAUGACUGCUUUGACAAGAGCAGAUGAAAAAAAUAUUUCAUUAUCUAAGAAUGAGGUUCUGAAUCCCUCUUCACAGAAAAGGUUGCAGGCGCUGUUCUUUAUAACCAAAGAACUCCUAUGAGACCGAACGUCUUUGCUGUCCACUCUUGUUUUGUGUGAGUGUAUAAUCUCACUUCCAGUCUGGUGCCAUACUACCCUUGGCUACCCAGCCGUGCGCUACCCUCCUCCCUGUCCCACUUCCUAAGCACACGGAGAAACGGCUGUAUAUAACCUUUGGUCUUCCACCUAGCCUGAUACCUGCUGACUUGAUCUUGACCAUUGACAGUGGCUGGGGCUCCUACUCUCGCCUAGCAUUUCCCAUACCCCGUUCAACCCAUCUAAGCAGGUGGAAUGCACAGGGCAGUAUUACAACAAGCAAACAGAAGCUGUCCCAAGAGUGGGGGAGGGGCGCUGGGGGAGGAGUCUAGAUCGGGGGCUUCUUUAUCGAUUUGUUUCAGAUUGGUAGAUUCCGUUGUGGUGUGGUUUUUGCCAUUUUUGCUUGAUUCUGGAAAACAAUGAAGAGAUGGACUGAGCUGUCGAGUUCAUCGGUUUGCACGCCACCUGGUUUGAGGGGGAUUGAAUACGGACCACUCUGUUGUCAUGGUUUUCGUUCUGAAACUCUCCUGCAAGCGGAGACAUUGUAGGAGUGUGUGUGCAGAUUUUUACAGACAAUUUUAUGUACUUAUUCUGUAGAUGCCUGUGCAGUGGACCUCGUGUACAGCCACACGUGUGUUGUGAGAGAAAGUGAGAGCAUGUGUGCGGCCUGCUGUACCGUUUCUAAGUUCUUAGCGUUGGUGAGGGAGAUACGGGAGAUUUUAUUGAAAAGCUGCUGUUUUGUGUGUAUAGUGAGCUGACUGUAGUAUUUUACUACCAUCUGUCUAAAACAAAAAGAAAAGCUGUAAUUUAUAUUCCCUUUCAACUUUAUUGUAUUUAAUUGGUACAGAUUUGUGUGUGUUUUAGAAUACAAACUGUCUAAUUCAGAUUUUAAAA